GCCGUCAGUCGGCGAAAAGUUACCGCCACGGGAGCACCAUAGACGCGACGUAAACCGCCAGUACUCCACUGGCCGAAAUAAAAUAAAAAACAAUGAAAAAAAUCGAAUGACGGAAUCGGUCUUCUAAAUUCGAAUACGCACGAAAUGUAUUCAGAAGGUGUUGAUUUUUUGCCGAAAUUGACGUGUGAUUGUGAGAGUGCGAAAACUUUUAAGUGAAAUGUGUUAGUGUUAUUGAAUUUAAGUGCUCAAAUAUUAGGUUAUGGUAAGAUUUCUUAACAGGAUUGCGAUAUCGGAGUUUUAAUGUGAAAUUUAAAAUUUAACCAAAAACCCGUAACACGAACCGCAACGUUGCACCUGUUAAGAAAUCAACCAUAACCAACUAUUUCCAACAAGGCAUAAACCCAGACUAAACGCACGACAGAGCGGGGCUAAUUAGUUUGUAAUUAGUGCGAGAGAGACCGCAGUGGCACCAGUCCAAGAUGAAUCUGAUGUUUCGGAAGAACUUCAGCGGGGAGAAGAGUGCGAGCAGCGGUGGCGGCGGGGGAGGGGGGAAGGCGAGGGGGGCGCUCGGGGCCGGCCGGAACGCGAAGCGCCGGGACCGCGAGCGCUACUCCUGUAUGGAGGAACACACUCACUACAGGACGCAUCUCUUUUUCUCGGCGCCGAGGGCCAGUACUCAGUACAACGAGGGCUCAGAACGAUGCGGGCCAGUGCUCGGCGGAGGCUCCGGGCCGGAGGCGGAGCCCCCGCAGCCCCUUGUCACGCGGGAGCCGGGGGUGUCGCUUCUCCGCUGGGACCGGCCGACGGACACCCGGGCGUCCGAGCGGGUCAGCAGGAGGGAGACGAGGACGGAGCCCGUCUCGCUCGCCACGCUCGAGCGCGACUGCUUCGUCAUACCGGCGCACGCGCUGGAUAGGUUCCUGCCUGAUGGCGUCCCUCUUCCAGUCCCCCCUCCAACGCCAGAGAAAGGCCAAACUACGAAGACUGCUCAGAACUCACUUAGCAUCCUCGAGGUUGCCGAUCCUAAGCUCUGCAUACUCGCCCACCUGAUGAGCCCCCUCGAGCCUAUCGAGCCAAUACUCGAAUCACCAAUGGCCAAGCCCUUAAUCAAACAGAAGGCUGCCGCAGGGGAACUUUUAACAGAAGUAGCUCAGGCGAAUACAGCAGUAGGAGGGAUGCUACUCGCAAAUAUGGAAAGGAACGCAGAAUUCCCGUUCAUAUCAUAUUAUGUGAUAAAUACUACACAAACUGAUCCUUUGCUUUUCUACAAUAACAUGAGGUGCGCUUCUCUGAACAAGUUUGAUCCAAAGGCGAUACGGUAUUCGGCGGCGCAUACGCUAGACUUGUAUAGCGAGGUGGCGAUGAUAUGUCGGCCGCCAUUCACGGACUUGGCCGGGGGACCGAAGAAGUCACACACGCCGACUACUGGAUUCAUUAUUAGUGUUUAUAAGGUAUUCGAAGGCGACGAUGGCGAGCGCUUCGAACGAAACUGGCUGUACUGGACAGGCGCGCGCAUGCUCUACCGUCAUCUCCCUCACUCCGUCGGUAUGAGGAAGAUAGCGCUACACAAGUCCGUCGCCACCCACGGCGACAAGAUGUACCUGUUGGUGUGCGAGUGUGCCAACUUGUUGGACGACUUGUCGGGCGCGGCGAUGCUGAUCACGGCGCUGCGCGCGCGCCUUUGUGGAUACACUGGAUUGUAUAGACCCAUACAGACGUUCUAGCAGAGGGAUGGGGCCGUGAGCCCUGAUGUUUAGUGUAUGCUAGAAUAAAGUCUAAAUAGCAAGCUAUACUUGGUCAAGCAAAUCUUGUCAGUAGCAAAAGGAGGCAAAUUUGAAAAAUUGCGGGUUAGCAACACAGUUUUCGAAUAAUUCCAAAAUCGCGUGUCAUCUGUGGAAUGUGGAUAGUGAAUGGCAGCCAUCAUGUUUGUUUAUAUUCUGAAUCGUUGCUAUUUCAAGAGAAAUUUCUACUGUCACCAUUAAAUACCAAUAUAUUAAAUAAGCUUGUGCAUGAACUUAAGCAAAGUCAAGGUGCCUACAAUAUACAAUCACGCUCGUUGAUCGUAAAUAUUUGUAAAAUUUUAGGUUAUGAAAAUUAUAUGUUUUGGUACUAUGUACAUUGCUGCUUUUCUUAGCGCAAUAUUGGUAAUAGUGCUUUUUGAGUGUUGCCCUACUUCACUUUGCUGUACAUUGCUACUGACAUACUUUGCUUGACAGACUAUAUUUUGAGAGAUAGUUGUUAAAUGGCACAACUCGAUAUAAAAUCGAAUUGCAAUAGUCGUACGGCUGAUCGAUGACAUCGUAUAGAAAAGUCUUAACUUACUUAAAGGCAAAAGAAAAAAGCAAAGAGUUUAACCUCUGAGAAAGGAAGUAAAAGGAUUGUGGCGGCGCCUUGUUACAGUUGUUACAUUAUGUGUCGAUGUGUCGUCACCGUCGUCACUAUUGGUAGUUCAUCGAGAAACCUCAGCAAGCAGUUCCUUCCAUAGCCGACGCGUUCGUGGAAGGAAAUUCCUGUCAAACCGCACAGUACGUGACCAUUUAGGUUUCAGGGUUUCUUAAGUAAUUUGUAUUCAGAAUUGUGUCAUUUAAAAACCUUCAGUUUCUUGAGCUUGCAUUCAUUUGUAAAUGCGUAUAAGAUUGCUCGUCCUAAGAUGCUCCUGAUUGGACCAAAGUAUUAUUAACAGCUGUGACGUGUUCAAUAUUCAAAUAGGGUGCAGCAUGAAUUUAGUUAACCACGCAGAGAAUUCCUUCUCACGAAUAAGGUGAUUUUAAGAACAACAUUUUUUGAAAUAAAGGAUUAAUUGAAAAAACUUCUAGAAAGGCGCUUAGCGACAUCUACCGUAUCAUAAAAGAAUUAUAGUGACGUGAUUAAGAUCACAUAUUUGACCCUUAUUGUUAUGAAUUGACCCUUAUGUAUAUGAAGCUAAGGUCUACCGUUUAACUGAUAUAAAUAUUAAUCUGAAGAGUAGGUACUGCACCCUAUUCUUACAAUAUAACAUUCUGAUUAACAUUUUCAAAGUGUUCAAUAAGUCGAUUUGUGAAUAUCUUGAGUAAAGCGUUAAAAAUAAGUUUUUAAAUUAUAAAUGCACUAAAUACUGUUACAAAACCGGCCUUAGGUUCCUAGAGGGGUUUGAGGGUGAAAUGUAUAAAGAAAAGGCUGCUUUUCGACCAGAAUUAUAAGUUAUAAUGUUAUCAUACAAAUCGAUCAAGCUAAGCCACGAGGCUAUGUGACACCUGUACCUACAUAUGUAAAUGUAGUUCAACUUACCUUUGUUGGAAAAGCAGCCUGAGAAUCGUUCACUAGCUAUGCGAUAUACCUCACAUAUUUAAAUGUGCAAUCUUAACACUGCAAAAUAAUGUUUGCAUUGACAAUUAAAUAAGAAAAUAUUUUUUCCUAUAAAAAAAAUUGUGUGUAUUAAAGUCACAAUAUUCAGACUAAUUUAUAUCAAUUAUUAAGAAUAAUUAUCACUUUGAGCUGUCCUCUCUUCCUUUUACAGACAAAAUAUUUUAACAUGAGCCUCCGUAUUAUGUGUAGUGCUAAUGUGUUCUAUACCCGCUAGGGCGGCGCCACAAUCAUUCACAGAGCACAGCAGGUAAGAAGCUUAGCUAGUGGACGAGGGAGCGACCAGAUCAUAAACAAUGAUCAGUAAGGAUUCAGUAAGAAACCCUGAAUCAAAACUCGUCUUCCAAAGAUCAGAAAAGCGCAAGUUAAUUAUGAUAUUUCUCACUCUUAUAGUUCCUCACAUAUCCUGACACAUAUCAUAUAAAUAUGACUUAGAUUUGUAGACGCCCGUCAAAAGUCAAUACCAAUACACACCAAGUGGGUAUGCAGAACAGGCGCUUGUCUACGCUGUGAGCUAUCGUGCUAGCAUUUGGUGUGGUUCGCCUUUAAAAUUCCCACAUAAUCGGAAACACAACUGGUUUUUGUUCAUUUUACCUACUCAAUACGAACAUUUUAUUUAAACAUUUUUUUUGUUUGAACUUAAAUAUUUGGUACCUAAACAAAAUUUUAAAUAGUUGGGUACUUAAAAUGUAUCGGUUGUGUUUUCGGUAAUAAAUGUUGUAUUAGUUUGUAGACCGUUCUAUCUUAGCUAUUAUCGAGGCCGGUUACACAAGCUAUUUUCGACUUUGUAGACGUGUAUUAAGGUGGUUUUUAUGAUCAGCUCAUAAAUUUGUGUAUGCUUUUUUCCUGCACAAUAUCUUACGGUCUCUGUUACUGCCUAAGAUGUAUACAGGAAGUAAUCGUAAAGUGUUUACAAGCGAUUAUUUUGUAAAUAUACAAUAUAUCAAAAAAAACCUUCAAUUGUUGUCGAUAGUACGCUACUCAAUGAAUAAAAACACAUUUGUUUCUUAUAAAGUUUAUCAAUAUCCAAAAUAUUAAGUUUAAACGGUCCCAUGCAUUUAAUGCGACUAUCGCAGAAGCUUUAACUUAAAAGGCCUAAUAAUUUAGCCGUUAUCAAUGACAAUUAUUGAUGAUUCAGAAAUUAAUCUAUGACUUUUACUUUUACCUAUAAAAAUAUGUUUGAUUACUUUAAUAAAGAAUAAUCAUUUAAACUAUAUCUCUUACUAUAGACAAAAAUUAACCACUUAGGGUGGGGGCGUUUAAAUUUUGAAUAUUUGUAACUGUAUUAAAAAAAGUAAUUGUUGUAAUUUUGCUCACCGGGUUUUUGUAUACUUUCGAUGUCAGUAUUUUUUUUAUUUUUUAUAUCUGAUAUAUUUACGGAAUAAUCGCAUGUUAACACUUAACGAUUCCAUCGUGUAUGCUCGUAUAAACUAAAAUACAUAUAUUUUCUUAUUUACAGUAUAAAAUCUUUAUCAUAAGCUUUUUUGAAAACAUUUCUGAGCUGAUUAAAAAUGUAAAACUGAGUACAUUUCAAUUAAGCACCCAGUCGUUUAUUAAGAUAGUAUAAUUAAGUAAUAGAUACGCCGCUAAACUGUAUAAGACAAUACAACAUGGAAAGACCCGCAAAAUUAAAUUUCUUAGGUCUCUUAUAACUAAUUUUGAAUAGUUGAUUCGCGUCUGCCGUCUUAAAUUUGCAAUUCUUAUUUCGUUGACUCGCAUAACUACAUAAUAUGCUUUAUUUUAAUUUCCAAAACGAAGAUUUCUGUCACUUUAACUCAGUGGCGUAGCGUGCCUUGGCGGGGCCCCGUAUAAAAAUUUGUUUAGGGGCCCUUAGGAAGGGUAAAGAUUUCUCACAAUAACGCACGUUGGGGCCCCCGUAGCCCGAGGGCCCCGUAUAAUUGAUACGGCAGAUACGGCGGUAGCUACGCCCCUGCUUUAACUUCGUGUCGACUACUUUCUUUGCCAACAGUACGAAAGUAGCGUAGAUUUUUUUUUAAACCGCUCCUUGGAUAGUUCAACUCGUGCAAAAUAAUUAAGCAAUUAAUAAAUACAUUGAUAAUUUGGGAUUCGAAAAAUAUUUGCGUUUACAAUAAUAAAAUAAGAACUUGUCUAGGCAAAUGUUUUCCUCCCAAAUUAUCCAUACUUUCAAAUAUAAUAGAUUUAAGGUUAAUAAUAUUUAUAUAUUACAUAAUAAUGAUAAUUCACUAUAAUGUGCAAAGCUGGAACUUUAUGGAAUCAAACAAAUUAUUAUAUGUAAAAUAUUUUAGCUCUUGAAUUAUUAAAAUAAAUAGAUACCUACGCUUCAAAGCUGUAAUGCACAAAUAAUAAAUUAAUUAAGCGUUGAGAUAGAUUACGUAUAAUUUUAUUUAUUUAUUUAUAUGUAAAUUGGAUAUUUUUUCUAGACAAUUACCAUAUUCUACGAGGCUAAAAAACAAUACGACACUGUUUAGACAUUUUUAUUUGUAUUAGUAUUUAUAAAUUUUGUAAUAAUACUUAUGUAUUUUGAUUGAUUUAAUAUUGAAUAAUGUUAAAUAUUAAUUGGUAAAUAACAACUUAUUUAGACAUUUCAAAACUAAGAAAUAUACGUUAAUUAGAGGUUAAUUAAACGAUAACCUUGUUUUUGGUUCAUUUAGGUCACCGGUUUAACAGAAAAAAAAAACAAUAAUUGCCAGAGUUAUGAAACCACUUUUUUCUACUCGUCGACUGUAAUGGUUGAAUUAAGAUUUCAUAUACCAAACUCAAAUAUAAUAUUCAUUUCGAAACGAUUUAGUCGACUAUAAUGAAAUGGACCAAUCACAGCUCGCCGCAGUCAAGAGGACGAAACAAAACGAUAGCUCAAAUUAAUUAUUUAUUUUAGGUUGUAUAGUAGAAACAAUUGCUUCAUAAGUCAUACACGCACAUGUGACACCCUUAAUAUAGCAACAUCCUUAGACUACGAAAACCGUUUACCGUUGCUUGUUAGUCUCCAUAGGCUACGGUGGCCAAAAUCGGGAAAACUGUCUAAAAAUUGAAUUUAACAAGGAGCAAGUACCAGGGCCUCAUGAGUUACGAGAAGGUGUCGUUUACCAACCCGCCGGGUCCCAGCGGCUGGGGCGCGUACGAGUGUGAAGGUAUCGCGGCUGCUCGCUAUCUUAAACAGCUGUAUACUUUUGGCUUGUUUACCUGUAUGAUUUUAUUAGUUUAAAGUAUUAUUUUUAUAGACUCGUAGAAUAAGUAUUGUAAACAAUAGUGAUAUAAUCAAGAUUUUCAAUCUCGUAACUCGACUAACAGCUCUCCAUUAUAUCACGAUUGUAUAAAAUACUAUUGGCCACUGACCAAAAAUACCUAAUAAAUAUUGUGAUUCAAUUUAUUAAAAAUAGAUAGUGGACAUAGUGCUCAUUUAACAUCUAAAAAGCGCAGUUAUCGAAAAAAAUAACUCAUACUUAUGCUGCUCCAACAUUGGCUGUUAUAAAAUAUUAUAUAAUAUCGUGUGACAGGGACAAGAUGAGAGUAAUGGUAGUAUUUUACUAUGUUGUCCCUGUCACACAAUGUCAUAUAACGUUUUAUAACAGCCAAUGCGGGAGCAGCAUAAGUAUGAGUACACACUAGGUACCUACUCAAACAAAAUAUCAACGAAAGGUUUAUGACAAAAAUAAAUACUGGUUAUUUUUAAGGCACGGUUAUUUUUGCUAUGGUGCUAAAUCUAGUUGAUAUGUAGGAAAGCAAUAAAGGCUUGCAUUUGUUAAUUAUCUAGGAUAAUUAUGGCUUUAUAUAUUUAUCACAGGACUACCACUUAACUCGGUCUGUUCCCUAGGUAAGUUUAGGGUUGCAGGAAUGGUGACAUUUUACAUAUAUAAUUGAUACAUUUUUGGUAUAUUCCCAUCUGUGCCUGCCCCCUGAUAUGGGAAUAUGUUUAUUCCGCCGGGGACAGAUGGGAAUGCAUCCUUCCAAUUUGUGCCCGGCGUGAACAGAUAGGAAUGGAUCAUUCCCAUUUGUGCCCCCUGAUCAGGCACAGAUGGGACUAAUAUGUUUGAUAGUUACAACCAGAUUUUCAACUGAUAGCCAAUCAACUGAGUUAAGUGGUCAAACUGGAGUAAGAUUGUUUGGGUAUGAAUAAAAUUACAGAAUUAUGUAAGAAUAAGUACAAUUUAACUUUUGCCAAUUAAAUAAUUAGUGUGAGAAAGAUUUGGACAUUCUGAAACAAUUUGAAUUAAAUAAAACAUUAGAUAGUUAUAGAUUUAUCCCUAGAAGUAAUAUUAACCUUUUCAAAGUUUUUAAAAUUACUUACUUCCAAAUGGUCAUUCAUUUUCGUUAUUAAAUUUUAACAAAAUAUUUUAAUUCACAUCCCUAAUAUUUUUAUUUUAAGUUGGCAACAAUAUCUUAGACAUUUUUCUGCUGAAUAUUUUUUGUACCGUUUUAAAAAUGUAUUGAAAAAAAUGUGUUGAAUAAAUGUUUGGAAAGCAAAUAGAUGAUUAGCAAAUUGAAGGAAUUUCAAUUAUUUUUGUAAUAAAAUUUAAAAUUAUACAA